UCCAACUUGGCUACUCGAUGAGAGCGAAUUUAACGCGUUGCUCGAACUGCUAGACACAAAUGAUCAUAAUCUACAAAAUAUAACCAUACCAGUGUAUGGUAGAUCUAAGGAUAUUGUGACAUCUCCGGUAACUGGUGCAGUGCAGAAAGCAAAGAGUUGGUUAAAAAAUUUCAGACCAGAAAUUUUUUCUUUUAAAUCUUCAUUGACUGAUUUGUUUUUGCUGAUUACUGAAGCAAAAGACAAAUACAUAUAUUUAUCGAAUGCGAUGCAGAAAGGAAGAUUUCAAACACAGGCUAUUUUUGGAAGUAAAUUUGCUGCAGAAUUUCCUAGGAAAAAAGCAUCAUGUAGUAAUGGCUGUGGGUGUGGCAUCUACGACAAACAGAAUGGAUCUAGAGGAAUUGAUCUUGUUCUAGAUUCACAAAAUUUAGAUGUGGUUAAUCCUGUUAGCGGUCAUGCAUUCAAAGUUGACAACAGUACUGUUGCUAUUAUACCAGAUUCAGAGAACAUGCAAAUGUACAUAAUUAUUGUCCGUAAUGUACGAUUUAUUAAUGAAAACCUUCAGAAAAAUGUCGGCACUGUACUUCAGUCUGGAGAUUUCCUUGCUAAAGGAGUGUUGCAUGAAGCAUGCCCCCCUCAUAUAAAUGUAGCCGUUCGAGAACAAAAUAUGUUUGAUGACACUGGUGAAGAAUUUAAUUUCAUCGAUCCGUCGGUAUUCCUCUUGAAGCGUUUUCCUACUUCACAGUGGAAACAACACUGCAAUGAUUACUCAUUUGAGCAAAAGGGUCAAGUGGCAGAUGAGGGAGAUGCUUCAGCUCAUCCCAGGUCCAAACAGUCGGUCGUCCAUAGACGGGGGUCAGAUGAAGGGAUCAAAAAAGAUGUUAACAAUAUCAACUGGGGCAAUUUGACAACUCUUCAAGCACAACCACUGAUUCACAAAACAGAUAUUUCCAAGAAACUUUUGCAAAACCUUUUGGAAAUAAUUUUAAAGCAAGAGGACAUCCAUAAUACAAGCAAUACUUUGAAUAGAUCAAUUACUGAAGUAUUGGAAUCAUUGCCUCGAGAUCAAUCUAGAGCGGCAUUGGAUAUUUUAAAGUCUCUGGUUAACAAAACCCUAGAAAAAAACAUGAUAGGUUUCAAGGAAAAGGUUUUUAGAGUCUUAACCAGGGAGCAGCAGAUUUCUUUAAUGGAACAGUCUUUACUUCAAAUUUCAAAAAAGUGUCCAUCGUUAAAACAUUCAAUUCCUCAAGGUAUCAAUAUUCUGUGUAAAGCACACUUUGACUGUAACGGAAUGACAUGUACCUUGGCACUUAAAAAUGAUGUAGAAAUGAUUGAAAUUGACUUCACCUACAGGUUUGAUCCUACAAACAGCCAGUUUUUUAUAUACGUCAACAAUCGCCUUGAACUUAACAUCACAUCAGAUACAAAAGAGAUUAAUGUUCAUUUGGAUGAAGAGAAAUAUGCAGUGAUGACUGUUUCAAUCAUCAAACAUGUUAACUUCACAAAAGUGAACUUCUUCGGCCAACUUUGCAAUUAUAUGACAUUUGAUUGCUUUGAGAAAAAUCAAAUUUUGGGGAAUAUUCAGUACAAAAAUAUAAACCCGAAUACAACUAAAACAAUUAAACGCAAACGACGAUCAUCUAACA